CAUCUCCUCUACCCUCUUAGACGCCUCCACUUCGCGGCUCCAGAUUUGGAAGUCAGACUUGCAACCUACAGGCGGACUCGCCUCCUUUCCUUUCCUCUUCCAAGAGACAUCCGACUCCCUGGGGCGCUCCUCAGCCCCCGGGGCCAGCGCUCGGCGAGCAUCGCUCCGUGAGGCCGCCGCGCGGUGCAGCGUUGAGCAUCCUCGCCGAGGUCUUUUUUGCUGUCUGUCCCUCUUCUGCCCUCUCCAUCACACCUGCUGCUCCUUUGGCCUCUCUUUCCCAGAACUGUCAAGCCCCCAAAGCUCGCCGGGCUCCUUUUUAGCAACCUCACUCUUCCCAGUCCCUGCACGAUCCCUAGCGCCUGGUGUACCUGCUGCCAUGAGCUCCCCCAUCAGCAAGAGCGGCUCCCUUGCAGCUUUACUACAGCAGCUGCGCAGCCUGGGGCAGCCCCCCAGACCCGUGACAUCUACGGCUUGCGUGCCCCGACGGUCGAAGGAGGUGCCUCUCUGCCCAAUGGAGCAACCCGGCGAGACGCAAGACGCGGCCGCCCUGCCGGGUCCCACCAGGUGGCCACUGCUGGGCAGCCUGCUGGAGAUUCUCUGGAAAGGGGGGCUCAAGAAACAGCACGAUACGCUGGCGGAGUACCACAGGAAGUAUGGCAAGAUUUUCCGCAUGAAGUUGGGUUCCUUCGACUCCGUGCACCUGGGCUCGCCGUGCCUGCUGGAAGCGCUCUACCGCACCGAGAGCGCGCACCCCCAGCGGCUGGAGAUCAAACCGUGGAAGGCCUAUCGCGACUAUCGCGAGGAGGGCUAUGGGCUGCUGAUCCUGGAAGGAGAAGACUGGCAGAGGGUCAGGAGUGCCUUUCAAAAGAAACUAAUGAAACCCAUGGAAGUUAUGAAGCUGGACAACAAAAUCAAUGAGGUCUUGGCUGAUUUUAUGAGUAGAAUAGAUGAGCUCUGUGACGAGAGAGGCUGCAUUGAAGACUUAUACAGCGAGCUGAACAAAUGGUCAUUCGAAAGCAUCUGCCUUGUGCUCUAUGAGAAGAGAUUUGGGCUCCUUCAGAAGGAUGCAGGGGAGGAAGCCUUGAACUUCAUCACGGCCAUCAAAACAAUGAUGAGCACGUUCGGGAAGAUGAUGGUCACCCCCGUCGAGCUGCACAAGAACCUCAACACCAAGGUCUGGCAGGCCCACACGCUGGCCUGGGACACCAUCUUCAAGUCAGUCAAAUCUUGUAUCGACCACCGGUUAGAGAAAUAUGCUGAGCAGCCCAGCGCGGAUUUUCUGUGUGAUAUUUAUCACCACAAUCAGCUUUCCAAGAAGGAAUUGUAUGCGUCUGUGACAGAACUCCAGCUGGCUGCGAUAGAAACGACAGCAAACAGCUUAAUGUGGAUCCUCUACAAUUUAUCCCGUAAUCCCCACGUGCAACAAAAGCUGCUGAAGGAAAUUCAGAGUGUACUGCCUGAGAAUCAGAUGCCGCGGGCGGAGGAUUUGAGGAAUAUGCCGUAUUUAAAAGCCUGUCUGAAAGAAUCCAUGAGGCUUACACCGAGCGUGCCAUUUACCACACGGACUCUUGACAAGGCCAUGGUUCUGGGGGAGUAUGCUUUACCCAAAGGAACCGUGUUGAUGCUAAACACGUAUGUGUUGGGAACCAAUGAAGAAAAUUUUGAAGAUUCAAGUCAGUUUAGGCCCGAACGAUGGCUUCAAGAGAAGAAAAAGAUCAACCCUUUUGCCCACCUUCCGUUUGGCGUUGGGAAGAGAAUGUGCAUUGGUCGCCGAUUAGCCGAGCUGCAGCUCCACUUGGCUCUGUGCUGGAUCAUCCGCAAAUAUGCCAUCGUAGCCACAGACAGCGAGCCUGUCGGAAUGCUUCACCUGGGCAUCCUGGUACCCAACCGGCAGCUCCCCAUCGCAUUCUGCCAGCGAUAGGAGGCCUCAGGCAUUUUAUUACCAAGACCAAGAGCGGCAGUUUUUACCCUCCUGCAAGAAUGAAGCUUUUGGCUUCUGCAUGACCAGAAAGCAAACAUCAAAAAUCAGGACCUGAAGCAACAUACACAGAACAUUUAGGUUUAUACCCUUCCUUCUGUACAAUUGUUCCGGAAGCUGUACUGUCCAUAGAGAUAAUGGCAUUCAUCAAGAUUGUAUCUGACUCAGGGAAAGCGGAUGGAGUGUUGGAAUACAAGGCGUUCUGCAAGAUCCACUGCUGGCUUACACGUAACUGACGUCAGCGCCAUCCUGACUUACGCAGAAUUGCCUGGUUGACCUUGGUGUCUUCCACGACAGAAUAGGGAGGUGAAAGUCACUAAAGGUUUCUGUCUCUGCCUUACCAGAGUCUCUGCUCGACUCUCCACUUCUUAAAAGUUUACAUUUCGCAAAGCAAGACCUACUCUAGCUAGAUGGUCCGGACUCGGGAUAAUAUUGGCAAUCCAUUUACUGUAACUCUUUAAUAUAAUAUUUGGGAAAUACUGCUUAGUAAUGUCAGCAAAACUAAAUGUUGGUUAAACUUAUCUGAUCCCGGGAGUUCCCGUCAUGGCACAGUGGUUAACGAAUCCGACUAGGAACCAUGAGGUUGCGGGUUCGAUCCCUGCCUUGCUCAGUGGGUUAAGGAUCUGGCGUUGCCGUGAGCUGUGGUGUAGGUCGCAGACGUGGCUUGGAUCCUGCAUUGCUGUGGCUGUGGUGUAGGCCAGCAGCUACAGCUCUGAUUGGACCCCUAGCCUUGGAACCUCCAUGUGCCAUGGGUGCGGCCCUAAAAAGACAAAAAACAAACAAACAAAAACUUAUCCGAUCCCUAUGAAACUAUGUUUUUUCCUAUUUUGAAAUGGAAACAUGAUUGGGAAAUUAGAGAAUGUGUUUAUUUCAGGAAGUAUUCUGAUGACGUCAAAACCUCCCAUCUGGAGUUCCUGUUGUGGCACAGGGGAAACCCAUCCUACUAGGAACCAUGAGGUUUCAAGUUCAAUCCCUGACUGCAUCAGUGGGUUAAGGAUCUGGGGUUGCUGUGACCUGUGGUGUAGGCCAGCAGCUGUAGCUCUGAUUCAACCCCUAGCCUGGGAACCUCCAUAUGCCUCGGGCACAGACCUAAAAAGCAAAAAAAAAAAAAAAAAAAAAAA